GUAAAUGCCAUCCCUAACAGAAACCAGGGCUGUCAUCACCAGCACAUGUUGACUUGGCGGACUAAACUUCCUUUGCUUCGUUUAUUUUGAAUUUUAAGGAUUUCUACCAUGUCGACAGAGCCAGCGGUGGCCAAAGAUGCAGUCCUGAAGCGCAGCGAGGCCCUGCCGGAGGCAACACCCCAAGUUCGGGGCUACGACUUCAACGAGGGCGUAAACUACAACAAACUCUUCGAGUCCUAUGUGAACAGCGGGUUCCAGGCCACCAAUCUCGGCCUUGCAAUUCGGGAAAUCAACAGAAUGCUGGAUUGCAGAGACCAGCCACUGGAGCCGGAUCAACUGGACAAGUAUGAAACCGAUGACUUCAUCCGGCGGAGGAGCAAGUGCACCGUGUUCCUGGGCUACACAUCAAACUUGGUUUCAUCGGGCUUGCGGGAGACCAUUCGCUUUCUGGCCGAGCACCGCAUGAUCGACUGCAUUGUGACCACAGCCGGCGGCGUAGAGGAGGAUUUCAUCAAGUGCCUGGCGCCCACGUUCAUGGGUUCCUUUGAGCUAAGCGGCAGGGACCUGCGCGAGCGGGGAAUCAACCGGAUAGGCAACCUCCUGGUGCCCAACGACAACUACUGCAAGUUCGAGGACUGGGUGAUGCCACUGCUGGACGAGAUGCUGGAGGAGCAGAAAUCCCGGGGCACUGUCUGGUCGCCUUCAAAGAUUAUCCAUCGAUUGGGCGAGCGGAUUGGCGAUCACAGUUCCAUUUACUACUGGGCGGCCAAGAAUCAAAUACCCGUCUUCUGCCCAGCCCUUACAGAUGGCAGUUUAGGAGACAUGAUGUACUUCCACUCCUUUCGCCGGCCUGGACUCGUCGUGGACAUCCUGUCCGAUCUGAGGAGGCUAAACACCAUGGCCGUUAAGGCCGUCAACAGCGGGAUGAUCAUCGUGGGCGGCGGCGUUGUAAAGCAUCACAUUUGCAAUGCGAAUUUAAUGCGGAAUGGUGCCGAUUACUCUGUGUUUAUCAACACCGCCUCGGAGUUUGACGGCAGCGACAGUGGAGCCCGGCCGGAUGAGGCCAUUUCAUGGGGCAAGAUCAAGAAAGAUGCAACCCCCGUAAAAAUCUACGCCGAGGCUAGUUUGGUGUUUCCAUUAAUUGUGGGCGAAACCUUUGCUAAGCGACAUCAUUGCGACGGCAAAGAGUUGCCCCAGGAGACUAACCAAGUGUAAAUACACAUAUACAAGAAAAAGAACACAAUCAACUCAGAUGUUACUUAUUAAGAAAUGGAGCUGGAACGCAAAUGGGUCGUAUUGCGAGUCCGGAACGGGAGUCCCCGAAGUGUUAUGCCCCGCCCAGAUGCAAACUGGACGGGCAGAAAGCCAUUAAGCGUUGUCGGAGAUGCUUGCUGCAUGUGAUAAACACCACCGGCAGCCGCAUUGCACUUGGCCACCUCCAGCGGGCAAUUCACAUUCCGCCGUAAUGGUUCUGCCGGAGUCGCUUGAGUGCCGCAAAAAUGCAACUUUUUCCGGUGGUCACAGAUGUUGUGUUCCCUUCUUGUUUUAGUUUUACGCAAAUGUUCACUCACUUCUGCCCUUAAUUGUUUGCCAAGUUCGCCAUGGCUGGCCGGAAAUCGUACGGGACGGAACAGUGCAGUCCCAUAAGCCCACAAAAUGUGUCAUUAACUUUAUGCCACUAAUGUAAACGCUCGGCUUCCGUCACUUUCUCAAAUUUUCCUCCGCAUUGGCCACCCAAACUUUGGCUGUCUCUACGCAUCAUUAAAGUCGAGCGGAAACUUUUUUCGCACACUUACUUUCGUUCCCUCAUCUCCGCCUACAUAUUUUAAGCUAUUGUCAGGCGGCAGUGGAGAAAGAUGGACUAGCAGAAAGUUUGGGGAUUGCAGGCGCACUGCAUUUUCUUUGACAACUUUUUCGCAACAGCUCGGAACUUUGUGCUGGUUUUUUGGGGAAAUGAAUGGUUUUGGGGCUGAGGCAAAGAAAAACUAUUAUAUAUGUACUUAGGCGUGCAUAUGGCAAGCAAUGUUGGCUUUAUCAAAUUUGAGGAAAUUAUAUGCUUUUAAAAAGGUCAAAA